GAGUUGAACACUGUGCUAUGAAAAGUGCUGCAGUAGAGGCAGCACAAGUAGUUUCUGUACUUAUUUUGUGGUUGAUCGCACUAAGAAUUUUGUUUAUAGAAGGUGCUCAAAGGCUCUGCCAAGUGACAGCUGGUGUUUACAAGUCUUGCAGCUGUUUAAAACGUCAAGGAGUGGAAAACAGCAUACCUCCUCCUCUGCCAUCUCCUCCUCCUCCUCCUCCUCCUCCCCUGCCAGCCUAUCUUUCCUCUGGAGGAGGAAAAGGGCCAGUUGCCGUGUGCUGCGGUGGAGGAAGGGUGGUUGACAGCGACGCUGAAUCUGUCUCCAAAACCUGGGAAAUCUCAUCUCUUGAAGAAGCUUUGGAAUCAAGGACAUCAUCUCAAGGUUUUCGUGGAGGUUGUUUGGAUAUUUGCGGAGGUCAGUAAGUGAAACCCUGCAGCCAUGUCGCCUUUCCUGCGGAUUGGGUUCUCCGACUUUGAGAUCGAUUCCAGUCUGGCCUACCAUGAAGAGGUGCUGAAUCCAUACUGUGCUGUUUACAUGAAGGAGGCCAUCGACACAGAAAAAGGCCCAGUGUACAAGCAGAAGAAGCCCACCAUGUACCCGCCGUGGAGCACCACGUUUGACGCCCACGUCCACCGCGGUCGCAUCAUGCACGUGAUGGUGAAGGACCGGACAGCAGAGCUCAAAUCAGAGGCCACGGUGGCUCUGGACUCGCUGGCAACACGAUGCAAGAAGGAGAACGGCAAGCUGGAGAUCUGGCUGGAGAUGAAGCCACAGGGCCGCCUGCGGAUGGAGGCCAGGUACUACCUGGAGAAAAGUGAUGCUGCAGGUCAGACUGAGGGAGACCCAGAGAGCGAACGCGAGAGAGAUGGUCUGUUCGCCCUCCACCAGCGGCGAGGAGCCAUCAAACAGGCGAAAAUUCACACGGUCAAAUGUCACGAGUUCAGCGCCACCUUCUUCCCUCAACCAACCUUCUGCUCCGUUUGCAAAGAGUUUGUCUGGGGUCUUAACAAGCAGGGCUACCAAUGCAGACAGUGCAAUGCUGCUAUUCACAAAAAGUGCAUAGACAAAGUAAUCGCCAAAUGCACCGGCUCAGCCAUUAACAGCAAGGAAACAAUGAUCCACAAAGAGCGCUUCAAGAUCGACAUGCCCCACAGGUUCAAAGUCUACAACUACAAAAGCCCCACUUUCUGUGAACACUGUGGGACUCUGCUGUGGGGGCUCGCCAAGCAGGGGCUCAAAUGUGAGGAAUGUAGCAUGAACGUCCAUCAUAAAUGCCAGAAGAAAGUAGCCAACCUCUGCGGGGUCAACCAAAAACUGAUGGCAGAAGCUCUGGCCAUCAUCGAGAGUAAACAGCAGGCCAAAAGCAUCAGAGAAACUGACAUUAUCAGUCGAGAAGGGCCAGUAGGCGUCAGCCAGCCAGGAAUGGUGCGAGCUCCGUCUGGGUUAGUAACGGGCACAGCUACACCUGCAAACAAAGAGUUGCAGGGUGUUUCAUGGGAAGGACCAACUGACAUCAACAGGCCGAUCACCGAGGUGCUGGCAGAGGAAGAGCCCCUGUACGCCGUUCCCAGGAAGGACCACCAACCCAAAUUCACCACUGAUGACUUCGUCCUGCACAAGAUGCUCGGGAAAGGCAGUUUUGGCAAGGUGUUUUUAGCUGAGCUGAAAAAAAGUGGCGAGUUCUUUGCGGUGAAGGCUCUAAAAAAGGACGUGGUGCUGAUGGACGAUGAUGUCGAGUGCACCAUGGUGGAGAGGAGGGUCCUCUCUUUAGCCUGGGAAAACCCUUUUCUGGCACAUCUUUACUGCACCUUCCAGACCAAGGAGAACCUCUUCUUUGUGAUGGAGUAUCUGAAUGGAGGGGAUCUCAUGUUCCACAUCCAGAACUGCCACAAGUUUGACUUGCACAGAGCCACCUUCUAUGCAGCUGAGAUCAUCUGUGGGCUCCAGUUCCUACACUCUAAAGCAAUAAUUUACAGAGAUCUGAAGCUGGAUAAUGUGCUGCUGGACUCUGAGGGUCAUAUAAAGAUAGCAGACUUUGGCAUGUGUAAGGAGAACAUGCAUGAUGACUUGCGGACAUCCACUUUCUGCGGGACACCCGACUACAUUGCUCCUGAGAUCCUACUGGGCCAGAAGUACAACAGCUCAGUGGACUGGUGGUCAUUCGGAGUGCUGCUGUACGAGAUGCUCAUAGGUCAGUCUCCGUUCCAUGGCCGCGAUGAAGAGGAGCUGUUUCAGUCCAUACGAACUGACAACCCUGUUUAUCCCCGCUGGCUAACCAAAGACUCCAAGGACAUUCUGAUCAAGUUGUUUGUGAGGGAGCCCGAGGAGCGGCUGGGAAUCAAAGGCAAAAUCAGACAGCACAGUUUCUUCAGCAGCAUCGACUGGAAUGCCCUGGAACAGCGACAGGUGGCGCCACCCUUCAGGCCAACUUUAUCGUCACCCAGUGACUGCAGUAACUUUGACAAAGAGUUUAUCAAUGAAAAUCCCCGGCUGUCAUGUGCGGAUCGCACACUCAUCAACAGCGUUGACCAGACAAUGUUCAGAAACUUCUCCUUUGUUAAUCCGGGCAUGGCUCGCAUCGCAGCACGCUGACCCCCAGACCAGCAUCCUGCUACCUAGAAACAAGCCGCUCAGUCACAACAAGCACUUACUGUAACUGAAUCAAACUGCAGAGACUUUAGACCAUGGAUGUCACAAAACUCAACUGAUCCACAGACAUGAUAACCACUAAGGGGGUGUCCUGGGUUUAAGGCACAUACAACUGUGAUGGGCUCUAUGUCUUUUCUAUGUCUCUCCAUAUCAAAACUUCAAAUAAAAGAAAAACAGCCACGAACAUUUCUGAGACCUGAGAAUAAGAGGCAAAGAUGAUAAACCGAGAGAUUUUGAUAAAAAUGAACAAUUUACCUAAACUCUAUUGUGAUGCUGCACAUAGAAUUUGUUAAAUAUGUAGUGGCUUUAAACUUUCUCACAGUAUGACAGUAUGGAUAAUAACUCCAAAACAAUCAUAGCAAAUCCUUAAGUUUGAAAGCAUAUUUAAUUAUUCUAAAGUAUGUAACUCCCUUAAUUUGCCUUUGCACUGACCAGAAGAGUCUUCACCAAUAGAAAAUGUAUUAUAAUUAACUUAAGGUGCCUGAUGAUACUUUAUGAAGUUCACUUCUUUUGAGUUAAGCAAAAUGAGAAAUUUGGUGACAUCAAACUAAAUCUACUGUCGUAUUAAUGGUUUUAUUACCUGUUCUAGUCUAAAGCUUAUAUAGACUUUUACCUCCAUGCUGGGAACAGAUGUUAAAUUCAUCUGAUGAAAAUACAUUUUAACAGCUCUUUGUUGUGUAAAUAGUUAUAAUUUAAUUCUGUUGAAAUACUGCACCAUCAGCUGGAUGUAAAACUAUUAUGUGUAUUAUGUGUAGCAGAGUUUAAUUAUAGUGUUUUUGUGACGUGUUUUCUUCUCGUACCUCAGGAGUUUUGUUGAUGCUGUCAUUUGGAUCAAGUCCUCAGAUACUGUAGUUUUUAUUGUUCUCUUCAUUGUUAAUCCUGUACAAUAAAAUGUGUGUGUGUUUUAGA